AUGUCAGUGGUGAAUGAUGAAGAUCGCGCUGUCAAAGGACCGCCAGGAGGAUCGACGGCAACGGUGGUGGCGGACAAUUCCUUAAGCAAUGGCCGCCCGCCACCGACCACCGCCGUCGCCCGCCGGAAGCCAUUCUUCGAGAAAUUCGGCACCCUGCUGAAGCAACGCUCGGACGCAUUUCUGCUGCACGUAAACAAUCCCGUUCAACCGCACGGAGACGAACCCCCGGACGCACUGGUGGCGUCCAACGGGUUGGCCACCAAUGGAGCCCCACUACCCCCGGGUGCGACGGAAGCGGUCAACUACGCGGAGGUGCUUUACGAGAAGGUGCUGCACGAGAUCAAGCAGGGUAACGUCGUCGACCGGCAGAAGAAGCUCACCCAGAAGGGCUUGUACUCAUACAUCCAGGAAGUGUUCGGUGUGGACGAGGCCAAACAUGCCGUACUCGAACAGCGCGUUGAAAGCAUGCUUGCGCAAGACAUCUUCUUGCGUGUGGAAAUUUUGGAGGCGAAACUUACCACCGGACAACCUGACGCUACUGAGCAACAGCUACCGAACGCGUUUGUGAUCGUGUACCUGCAGGAAAAGCCGCGAGAAUGCCACCGAACGGCGACGGUACCGGGAACGGUCAAUCCCACGUGGAACCAGCAGUUUCCGGUAGCCGUUAAGCAGGAUACUAAGGAAACGCUCUUGAUCGAGGUGUUCAACAACUGCAACAACCCGAAUAAAUUCUUGCGAGCGUUCCGCAUCGCUAGGAAGUAUCUGCUUUCGCUUUUUAAACCGGUGGCGUCACACGCGAAGAUGAUUGGCCGAGCGAGCAUUCCUUUGGAGUCCAUCACCUCCACCGGGCUGGUGUCGUGGUACAACCUGUCGAAGAAGAAAAAUCCCAAUCCGCAAGGCACGAUCAAGGUGAAGUUUUUCUUCACAUCCAAGCUGGAAAAACCGACAGCCAAACGCGAGUACGAACAGAUGCUACGGUGCAUACUUCAGUAUGAGCUGCGUAGCUCUAGCGUAGCGCGUUACUGGUGGGCUGGGAAAUUCACCAGCGAAGGUGAAGCCAUUCUACAGCAGUACACCAAGUGCGCCAACCUAAACGCCACCGAGCAGACGCUGAUCGCGUGGUUCGUUUACACGCAGAUCCACCUGACGUAUCCGCUGUCGAUCGGUUUGUUGGAGAGUGUGCUUGAUAAGCUGUGUGUGAGUUAUGAUGUUGCGCUUACUACGGAUGAGGAGCGUGAACGAUUCUGGAACGGAGCUCGUCAGCUGCUACCUUCUUGUCUGUCCAUGAUCGUGAAGAUGCGCAAGCGGAUUGCCGGCGAUAAGGACAUCGUCAAAACGAUCACAUCCGUGUUGCAGUUGCUCACGAAGGCAGAUCAGUUGGCAACGCGAAAGGGUGCGAGUCUGUUUGUUGAUACAACCGUGAGGAGCCUAAAGCAAAUGUCGUUGGACUGCACGAAACAUUCCACCAUGAAGGACGCGAUGGUGCUGGGAGUUCAGCUGGGUGCAAGGACAUGGUUCGAGGCGGCACUUGCGGCCUCCAUCGAGGGUAGCCAAUCGAACGAGGACAAGCUGCGUUCGCUGAUCAAGUUCGUACAGCUGCUCCAGUCGGAUCUGUUGCGAGCGAAAACCUACUACGACGGUGUCUUCAAGAGCGUGCUGGAUAUUGACUACAGCAGGGAGAUCUGCAUCCAACACGAAACACGCAUCGUGUCACAUCUCCGACCGAUCGUACAGACGAUCUGCAAUGGAUUCAAGAAGAUCACGCUCCGUAUGGAGCAGCUUGAGCGGCGUGCUGAGAUGGAAAGUCUCGACAUGAGCUCGACUCUGUUCGAGCUGUACCUAGUGUUGAAGCUGUUCCUGCAGCAAACCGACACGGUCGUGCAGUGCGCUCACAACCCGUACAUCGUCGAGUUCCACCAGUGGUUCCGGGGUGGUAUCGUUUACUAUCUGGAUGUGUUCGCGAUCAAGACAAUUUCUCGUGUCGUUACGGUGCUCGAGGAGGAUGAUCUGCGUCCGGUUGGUGGCACGUCCACCGGUGAUCGACCAGCGAAGUGUUCCUCCUCGACCGGUGAAAUACUCGAGAUCAUAGCGCAGAUCAAGAUCUUCUGGGAUCAGCUAGCCUGGCCAGAUAAGGACGAAAUGAAGAAGUUUCUCAAACGAAGCAUAGGCGACAUCUGCAGCUGUUGCAUUUUCUACGCCGAUCGGUUACUCUCCAAGGUGAAAGCUAUGGAUGGGUCACCUAGUGGGACGUCGACUGGUUUAAACGGCGCACAGUUAGCAACAUUGGCACGAUCCCUUACGGUGCUAUCGAACGUGACCAUCCUUACCGAAAGCCUGGUGCGAUUGCCACAACAACUCGGUUACAGCCAACAACGCACUAGCGGUGAACCCAUCGAUUCCGAUCCCACAAAAACCCGCAAAACGUCCCUCGAGCAAUUGCUGGCCGACGAGAUGCUACCGAUCGAGGGUUUGUCGAGCUGGCGACAGAGAUGCGUUCGCUUCAUCAACGAUCACGUGUCACAAACGACUCGGGCGCUUGUGGUGACAUGUGGAGAGGUUGGUAUGAACGGUGGAAAUCCCGGUGCGGCUUCCGGUGGAACUGGAGGGUUCUUUUCGAGCAAACCUCACCCAGCGCCGGCAGAGAACGUGGAACGCUUGCGACACUGGAUCGUGCAAUCGUCCGCGUUGCUGCGGGAAGAACUGUCCCAAGAGGACUUGCACACGGUCGAGCUGGAGUUGUGGACCAUGCUCGAAGCGACGAUGGACGAAAUCAUCAAAAAGCUGUUAGAGAAAAAAGACUCGCUGGCAACGUUUCAGCGGCUACGGGACUGUUUCACGCAUUUCACGCAGCACUACUUCGGCACGCUCGGUGACAAGGUGGCGUGUUCGAUGAUCGGUGAACGGUUGGAAACGUUCAGCUGCACCACGAGUGACCUCAUCCAGCGGUAUUACCUCGAGCGCUAUCGCCAGCAGGAGCAGCUCGAGGAACCCGAGAACGGGUUGCUAACCGUGCGAUGUUGGUUCCAACCAGAUGGGCUCCAGAUCAAGGUGUUGCGGGCUGAGCAGUUGCGUCUGCCGAAGGACUACAAGCACUCGUGCGAUAGCUACGUUAAGAUCAAUGUCCUGCCACCCGAUCGGUUUGGUGCCACGUUGCCCGAGUUUAAGACCCGGACUAAGUCGAAAAACUUCUCCCCUAACUACAAUGAAUCGUUCACUCUGAAAAUCAACCCGGUCCAACAUUCCCUGAAGGACGCGCUGCUGAUGCUGAACGUGAAGGUGUCGGAGCUGCUUGGUCUAAGCCAGAAACACAUUGGCGAGUGCUUUCUGCGGCUCGACGCCAUCCCGGUCGUGGGUGAUGCAAGUGAAGCGUACGAAAUUGCCCCUCUCAGCCUGCCGCUUAGCCUUCCCUUCACGAUCGCUUCCUACUCCGUGACGGCACUCGAAACACGCACCCAUGACAAAGUGGCCGCCCAGUUUCUGAAGAAGUUGAAGCAAAAAAUGGGCAUCGCACCGUACACGAUGAGCACGCUCAGUCUUUGAGAACCGCUGCACGCAAUCUCGCGUCGUCCUGCGGCAACCGGUGAUAUUGUCUCGAUUGUUAGGCUAAUUAUUCUAUGAGAUUUUUUUUACCUUUUUCGUGCCUUCUUACAUGGAGAUGUAUUAGAGUAAGUUAGUGUAAUUAGUUCUACGAUUAAUAAUAGGCGUUAAGAUACAUUUGUAGCAAGCAAGUGUAGGUUAGGAUUUCGUUUGAAAACAAACUCGGUUUGACUCAGCUUAAGCGUGUUUUAUUUUUCUUUCACAUUUCUACGCUAGUUCUCUGAUGGAGACGCAUGGUGCCGCACGCGACCCAACUGGCUGCGUGCGUAUCCGCUAAU